CUUCAGUUCUUCUAUCACUGCUUAGACGAGCUGUGUGAAUCAGUUUUAUCCCGUUUUGAACAGAUCGGUGGCUCAGAGGACGACCUGUUGACAGCUUCAAAGCAAAACCGUUUCUGACAUGCACUUUGAUAAGUCGCCAAAGGAGAAGCCGUGUUGCACUCUGCCCACAGUGAAGAAACUCUUGGAGGAGAAGAGAAGGCGUGAGACGUCCUCUGUGCCACCGUCCUGCUCUACAGCGAGCACAAGUCCUAUUCCUCCAAAUACUGUCACACAGUUGUCCUCAUCAGAACUAUUUACCUGUACAGGUGCAUCAAGCAGCUACUCAGACAUGGCAGUUAGCUAUGAGCAGUGGCCCCCAACAUCAGAGCCUGCACUCAGUUACUACUCGAGCCAACCAGGACCCAGCUAUGCUACAGCCUACAGCCUCCCAAUGACGUCUGAAUAUGGCACAUCGCAGCCAGUCUCAGUAUUUGGAGAUACAAUGUCUCAGACAUAUCAGGAGUGCCCGAUGACAGUCGCAGAUCCCAGUAUGGCUUCAUCUUGGCCACUUCUGAGUCCCAGUCAGACCACACAGCUGAGUUUUGGUUCGUCGAUGGAUGCCACCAAACUGGAGGAGGCCAGGAUGCUGCUCAACGGGAUGGAUUACAGCAGAGCCACUGGACAGGACGAAGACGGAGACACCAUCCUGCACAUCUACACUGCCAAGGGACUCAGAGAGUGUGCCUUUGCUGCUGCGGAGAGGCUGAGGGAUAUAGGGAGGCUUGAUGCCAAAGAACACAAGGGAAAGACUGCUUUACUGGUGGCAGUGACGGCAAACCAGCCGGAGAUUGUACAAGAUCUUCUGUUGUUAGGAACAGACUUCAAUGCUUGUGAUGUUAAAGGACAAACAGCCCUUCAUCUGGCUGCCCACUAUGGCUUCCCUGGGGUUCUGCAGGCAAUUUUGUCUAGCAGACCUGCGGUCAACCUGGAGGCCCGUAAUUUUGAAGGUAUGACUCCUCUGCACUGUGCAGCCAUUUCUCACAGUGUUACCAUGAAGGCUUUGGCUACCAGUGGGAUGGCAGAUGUUAGCCUUCAAACCAAGGCAGCGGAGAAGCUUUCCUGUGUGCAGAUGCUGCUUUCUGCAGGGGCAUCCCUCCACAGCCAGGAAAUCAAAAGUAACAAGACUGUGCUGCACUUGGCUGUGAAGGAGGGGAACAUUGAUCUGGUGCGUUAUCUGCUGAGGAUUCCCCUGCCAAACAUGAAAGACUUUGUCAACAUGAAAGCUCAUGGUCACACAGCUUUACACAUGGCAGCUGGUCUCCAUGGUAACCCCCACCAGGAGGAGAUCCUGCGGCUGCUGCUGAGCAGAGGAGCUGAUCCCAGUAUCCGCAACCUGGAGAACGACCAGCCAGCUCACCUGCUGCAGAGUGGUCUUCAGGGAGAGCAGCUCAAGCUGAUGCUGAAGAAACGCAGCGCUUCCUCUCGUCGGCGUAACAUGUCCUUGCAGGACCAGGAAUAAUUCAGAUCACUUGUAAUCCCCAUUUGGAGGGAAAGAGUCUUUGAGAUGUUUCCUCUGUUGAGAAGGGGAUAUACAGUUUCUAUGAUGAGGUUCUGGGAGUCUCUGGCCUAUAUAUUAUUAACAAACUGGUUUGGCAAAUUAAUCUUUAGAUGUAAUUCACAUUGGAUUAGACAAAUGAUGCUUUAAUGCAUAAAGCUUAAAUUACUUGUGAUUUAGUGUCUGUAAAGAUGCAGUGCUUUAUUUAUUUUUUUAUGCACAGACUUAAGUAUUCAUGUACGUUUUCAUUCAUGUAGGUGAAGCAUUUCAUUCCAAAAUGCGAUAUCCUCUGACAAGCCUUUUCUCAAAAUGCUCCUGUUGUUGCUGACAAAAAAAUUUGCGUUAAAAUUUCUGACAUUUUAAUUUAUGUAUUUAUUUUUGUCAAAAUGGAUUUUUAACAUUUUGAAAUGAAAACAUUUAAAUGAACAGAAUUGAAGAGCAUUAGUUAUCUUCAAAAAGUAGAAGGUAUGAAAGGUGCUAUGGAAGGUGGAGUAAUAUUCAUUUUCCAGUCAGGCUACACUCCCAGUUGUAUGUUGAUUUCUGUGAAAUCGUAAGUAUGAACCCCAGGACAAUGUCCCUGAAACCCCUCUGACUCUCUUGUCAAAACCCCCCAUCAUGAUAAGUUAUCAUAUUGAUACACUGAGUGAUGGUUUUGAUUUCAGUCAGCAUGUGUGCUUCUGUUAAGAAUGCGUGUGUUAAAAAUGAGAAUAAUCGAUCAUAUAAUUUAACAUAUCAUUAUGUGUCUGACUUCUGGUACGGUUUUCUCAAUGGAAUAAGAAACUUUACUGUGUAAAACUAUUAUGUAUUUGAAACUGAAUGAACAAAGAAAGUUCUUUCUUAUCACAAAGACAUUACAUGAGUAAGCGCGGUGACAAAUUGUCUGACUAACUGUACAUUUUAGUCAUGAGUCAUGAAUAAAAGUACAAUAACACUGUAUUGAAAGUUCCAUCUGAUUGUUUUGAUGUUCAGGGCAACCUUUGAGUAGCCCCACUUUACACAGUUACAGAAAUUAGCCGGAUGGAAAUUACACCAUCCUACUACAAAGCUGUAACUACUGCAGUUAUUUACACUCACACUGAAGGAGUGUUUAUUUUGCAAGCCCGAAAUCUCGUGACUUUUACUGACAAAGAACCUUAGUCAUAAACGAAAUUAGAUUUGGCUUUGACUGUAAUUUGAGUGAUAAACAAGGUUUGAACUGUCUCCCACCUAUGUGUCAUCUCUGAUGUUAGACAUGUUGUGAAUUCCUGUAAAGCAGAAAAGAAUAGCCAGUCUCAUAAAUAAACAAUAUUAUGAUAUUUUCUCAUUUCUUCAUCACAUUGCCCUAAUCUUAGAAUAAUUUCAAGCUACAUAAUUCCUAAUUCAGAUUAUUAAAGACACUGAUAAAAAUCAUGUUGAGAAGACCUUUAUUUGAAACAGUGGUCUCAUUGUGUUGGUUUUACAGGUGAUCAUUUCAUCUUUAAUCCCAUUUACCUUAACUUUUAAUGGAAGAAACCGCUAAUAAUAUAAACCAAAACCAAUAUUUUAAUAUACAUUUUAUUUGUCAAACCAUUUUAUAAAUGUAAUACAUUAUGGAAAGUUAUUGUUAAUUUUCAUCAGGAUAUUAUGGUUGCCUCAUUUUGCCUUGUUUAUUUUAUUUUAUUUCUACAUUCCAUUUGGUCUAUUGGUUUCUUUAUUAUGUUGUCAUGCUAUUUCCUUUUUUUUUUAAAGGCAACUAAAAGAGAGAAAAAUAAAAGGUAAAACACAAUUGUUACAAGUAAUUAAUGCAUGCAAUUGUUCGCUCAUUGAUACAAAAUGGUCACGUCUCUAUGUAAUCAUGCUCUUAAUUUCAUUGUUUUACGAGAGUAGUAUGUAAAAGAAAAGAGACAACAAUUGUUGCAUUUGUCUUAUUAAA